UUACCCUCCUCCGUACUACAUGAACUGAAAGUUAGCAGAAAUGAAAUUUGUUGUAACUUCUCUGCUCUUUGCCCUUUUUCUAUGGCAGACUCAAGCUCAGGGAACAUGCAUUCAACUAAAAGUGUGAAAGUUUGUUAAGCUCAACAUAUGGAGUAAUAGUGUAUAGUACAGUACAUAUCUGUGAAAAAUAGAACAUUCAAGAAGGAUGAAGGAUCCAGAGUUCUUGUCGAUGCUUGUACAACUUUCUGAUGCAAUCAGCAAGAAAGGUGAAAAGUAUGUAGACCUGUUGAGGGUUCUGUACAGAGAUCUUGCAAAUGUUAAAUCAGAUUUGGAGAAAGCUAAGUGUGCAUUUGAUUUAUUUCAAUUGCUAAUAGCACCUGGAAUUUUGAAGCCAACAGACAUUUCAGUUUUGUUUGAAACAAUUGAACUAACUGGAUUGAAAUAUUUGAUAGAGAUAAUUAAGAGAUAUGAGACAUAUCCUGAUGAAGUGAAGAUCACUCAAUUUUCACCACAUCGUCAACAGGUUGUUGCUCUGGGAAAAGACUUUUCAGUUAAAGAUCUCCAGAAAGUUAGUCAGUUAUUCGAAGGCAAUUUUUCUAGUCCAUGGAAAGUGAUUCAACAUCUUGAAGAUACAUCUGUUUUAACCGAAAAUAGUAUGUCAUCAUUUCUUCAACGUUUGAAUGAGAAUAAAGUAAAUGAAGAUUUUAAUCAACUGCUUGUGACAGUAUCUGAUGCAAUCAGCGUGAAAGGUGAAAAGUAUGUAGACAUGUUGAGGGUUCUGUACAAAGAUCAUGCAGAGAUAAAAACAGAAUUGGAAGAAGCUAAAUCGGCAUUUGAUUUAUUCCAAAUACUAAGAGUUGCUGACAUUUUGAAAUCAACAGAUAUUUCAAUUUUAGUUGAAACAAUUGAAGUUACUGGAUUAAAGUAUUUGAAGGAGAUAAUUAAGACGUAUGACACAUAUCCAGAUGAAGUGAAGAUCACUCGAUUUUCAGCACAUCGUCAACAGGUUGUUGCUCUGGGAAAAGACUUCUCUACCAUAGAUAUUCAAAGGAUUGGUUGGAAGUAUGAAGUUCCAGAUGACUUCUGUUCUAAUCCAUGGAAACUAAUCACAUUUCUGGAAAGUAAUGGUAUUGUUUCCAAAGAUAACUUGUCAUCAUUUCUCAUGAAUUUGAAAAGAGUUGACAAGUCAGGACAAUCAGAACAACCUCAAAGUUCGAAGGCAGAUGAAGGUAAAUCAGGAAAAUCAAAGCAACCGAGAAAAAAGCGAAAAUUGAACAAAGCUAUUGGAGAAGCAUCAAUACCAAAACAACCAAAAUUAGACAAUUCAGGACAAUCAGAACAACCAAGAAGCUCAUGGUCAGAUGAAGAUAUAAUAAUAAAAAAUUCCCUGAUGAAAAUGCAGAAAGAACUGUAUCAGGAUGAGAAUCGUAUUACACCAGCAAUCUGGCAUAAAAAUCAUAAAGUAGAUAUUGCACAAGUUUUCACUGAACUCAAGUUGCUGCAAUCUAAAAAAGAAGACAAAGGAAAAGAAGACAAGCCAACAUGUACAAAAAAGGAAGGUAGACCCACAUCGUUAACAGAGGCAUUAAGAGUUAUUAAGUCAACAGAUUCAUGUAAAGUAUUAAUAACAGGGGAGGGAGGAAUGGGUAAGACUACCCUCCUUAAAUAUGUUGCUCAUCAGUGGGCUACUGAUGAUGAACAUGUCUUUGCUGAUAAAUUAUUGUUUUUGAUAAAUAUCAGGGAAAUUAAAGCAAGUAAAACGUUCUUGGACAUAAUAUUGAACAAAGUUGAUUGCAAAGCAAUCAUUUUUAAGAACAGUUUGUCAUAUGAUUCAGUUGAAAGGUUCUUGGUCACACAUGAUGAUGAAAUAGUAAUUUUGUUAGAUGGAUAUGAUGAGUUAGAAAGAAAUGCUAAAGACCCAAUUGAUCUAUUUAAAAGAAGUGAAUUUCAAAAAAGCACGGUGGUGAUAACAUCUCGACCUGACCACACAGCUGAUUUGGCUGAUCGCUGUGAUGUACAUAUUGAAGUAAUGGGAUUCAGUCCAAGUAACAUAAAAAAGUAUAUUCAAAAUCAUUUUCAUUCAAUCAGUAAAAUCGAAAUUGGUGAUUCUUUAAUGAAAGAGUUUAGACUUGAUUCAAAGCAUACAUUGUUUUGGGGUGGUAAACACAAUGAAGCGUUUGAAUUGUGCUCGUCUCCACUGUUAUUGCUUCAGAUUUGUACCAUUUGGGAACUAAAACGUGUUCUUCCCACAUACUUAACCGAUCUUUUCAAGGAACUCAUUUGUUGUAUUUUAAAUCAAUACCUAAACAGGCCUGGCAAUAAAACUGCUAUUGCCAAUUUUGAGAGAAUUCCUGAUGAAUAUAUAUCUGCCUUUUUAAUUUUAGGAGAAUGUAUGUAUGAAGGACUAAAGAAAAAUGUACUACCUAUUGACAAAUACGAUUUGUCAAAGAUGGCAAAAAAUGAUGAAUUAUUAAAUUUAACACUGGAAAUCGGGUUUGUUUAUGAAGAUACCCCUAUUAAUCCUGGGGAUGUAAGGGAGAUGUACACACCACCACAUAAAUUAAUGUCGGAGGCACUAGCAGGGCUGUACCUGUCUACAGAAAUUCAGGAAGGGAGUUCGAAGGUUGAGUAUGAGGAAAUCAGAUGUAAUGAUUAUUUAAAUAUGACAAGGGUGUUUGCAAUAGGAUUUUUAGGUGCUGAUGCUGAUAAGUUACUGAAACCAUGGUUGAUAGUCAGGGCCUCACAUUAUCGCUCAAUAGUAGAAUGUUUAGCACAUGUAAAGAAAGAGCAUGAAGAUGAUAUUCUACUGAAAUUGGAUAACCACAUGACCAACGAUAUGAAAGCACAUAAUAAGCAAAUGUUAGAAACAUUUAAAAUUCUUCUAAAUGACUUAGCAUGUAGUGGACAAAUAUUGGAGUCAUCUGGAAGUCUUCUAAAUGAUGACUUGUUAUCAUGUAUUCAUUUAUUAAAAUUCCUAAAGAUGACCAUGGAAGAUUUUUUAGAUGCGUUUGAUGAUAUUGAAGAACAAAUAGUAUCUUUGAUAAAUAGGUGCAGGGAAAGGCGGUGUAAAAUUGUUGCACAUACCUUGGUGUUACUUGAAAUAUUAGAAAAGUAUAUUUUUCCAUACGAUUUACUUGUUUUACUUAAAUGUAUUUCAACAUGGGAUAAGGAAGAAAUCAAUUUACUUUCAGCAGAGAUGGAAAAACAUUAUUUAAAAUAUGAUGUUUCUAAAACUAAGAUUGAUUUUAAAAUGUGUUCAACAUUCUUGAUUAAUCUCCUUAAAUAUGCAAGUGACUUAGAAGAAUUGUAUAUAGAAAAUACAGUAUGCAAUAGCCACACAUUGGUCACAGGUGCUACACUCAAUGAAGUUAUUAAUGAUUUGGACAAUGCCAAUAUAAACUUAGAAUUAAAACGCCUUGAUUUUCAAGGCAAUGAUCUAAAUGAUAUUGAUGGAACAUUACUGGGGAAAUUAUUUAAAAUAGCUCCUAAAUUAAAAUAUCUAAAUUUAAGAAACUGUAGGCUAUCAGGUGGUACUUUGAGGGCAAUGAUCACAGAAUGCCAGAACAGUGAAGAUACAGUAGACCUUGGCUAUAAUGACAAAAUGAAAAAUUUAAACACAUUCCCCAAACUGAGUUAUUCAGACAUUAAAAACUGUAGGAUGACAGAGGAAUGUGGUAGGAUGAAUACAGUUUUGAAACGCUACAGACUUGUACUGAAGGACAAAGACCUUUCAGAUAUUGAUGCUGGUAACCUAGAAAUGCUGGUUGAAUCUGUUGGUGAAAAUAUAACAUUGAAUUGGCAAGUGAUAAAUUUGAGUAGGAUUAACCUGUCUUCAAUAAGUGGUAAAACAUUAGCUCGUCUGUUUAAAAUCUCUCCAGACCUGGACAAUAUUGACAUGAGUAACUGCAGUUUAUCAGGCAGGAUUGUUAAUGAGAUGAUGGAAGAAUGUUCUGGUAACCUAGAAAUGCUGGUUGAAUCUGUAGGUGAAAAUAUAACAUUGAAUUGGGAAGUGAUAAAAUUGAGUAGGAUUAAUCUGUCUUCAAUAAGUGGUAAAACAUUAGCUCGUCUGUUUAAAAUCUCUCCAGACCUGGGCAAUAUUGACAUGAGUAACUGCAGUUUAUCAGGCAGGAUUGUUAAUGAAAUGAUGGAAGAAUGUUCUGAUAACCUAGAAAAACUAGUAGAAUCAGUAGGUGAAAAUAUAACAUUGAAUUGGCAAGUGAUAAAAUUGAGUAAGAUUAACCUAUCUUCAAUCAGUGGAAAAAUAUUAGCCUGCCUUGUUAAGAUCUCUCCAAACCUGAUCCAUAUUGACUUGAGUUACUGCAGUUUAUCAGGCAGGAUUGUUAAUGAAAUGUUUGUGGAAUGUAGUAUUAUGAAUGCAGUGUUGGAUGUCAACAUGCUCAAUCUGCAGGGCAACAACCUUUCAGAUGUUGAUGCUGAUAACCUAGAAAAGCUGGUCGAAUCAGUAGCUGAAGAAAAUAUAACACUAAAUUGGCAAGUGAUAGAUUUGAGUAAUAUUAACCUAUCUUCAAUCAGUGGAAGAACAUUAGCUUGCCUUGUUAAGAUUUCUCCAGACCUGGUCCAUAUUGACAUGAGUUACUGCAGUUUAUCAGGCAGGAUUGUUUAUGAAAUGAUAGAAGAAUGCU